UAAAACAAAUGAGCUGUUCCAGUAUUCCAGUAUCUUUAUUGUAUGCACCAUAAACAAAGAAAUAUAAAGGAAAUUUAUUGUGCUCUGUGGUGGCUUAUAGUACCAAAAUUUUAAUAUCUUGUUUUUUAGUUAGAUCAUCACUGAAAUCAUAAUGGUGCAACAAAUUUUUAUUUUGGUAUUUGUAAUAUAUUUCCAAGAUGUCGUUGCUGCUAAAGAUGUAUUCAUAUCCCAAACAAAAGAAAGUCAAGAUAUGUCGACAUGUGGCAAAGAAUCACAACCUUGCAGAACAUUAGAAUACACCAUUUCAAAUAUUGUAUAUCAUGGUGAUACCGUUUUACUAGAUGGUGGAACACAAAAUGCAUUUCAUUAUACCAUCACAAGAACUAUUUCAAUAAAAAAAUCUAUAACAAUCAAAAGCCAAUCAAAAAGAAUACCAACUAUUACAACAACUUGCAAUGUGUCACCAAUGUUUGCAAUGUAUUCAAAUACUCUAAAUUUAGAAAAGGUGAAAUUAAGCCAAUUUCAACAUGGUUUUAAAAUAUACAAAAACACAACACAGUUUACAAUAACUAAUUGUACAUUCCAUACUUUUUUUAGUUUGUUAGAUAACCAAAAUUAUUUCAACUGGUUUCUUCUUCAAAUAAAAGAUACACACUUUGAGAAUUACCAUCAUGCCAUUCUAGUAUAUAGUACCGUAGCACUCAAUAUACAGUCAAGUCAUUUUUAUGGCUCAAGCACCUGUUACAAAGCUUGUUCCCAAUCUUUUGCUCAAGUUGCCAUUUCCUUAUUAGAAGAUGACAAGAAGCAUGCAUUUAACAUCCAAAUUUCUCAAACAACAUUUGAGAAUUGUUCCACUGCUCUUGCUAUGGAAAGGUGUGUAAAAGGACAUAUUUCCAUUGGAAAUUCAACAUUUAAACAUAACCACCUUAGAAUAUGGCAUGGUCAUCUGACUCCAUUUGAGAACUAUACUUCAAACAUGUACAUAGCAGGCAGAGUAACUGUGUCAAUUUCAAACUCCACAUUUUUUGGCAAUAUGGCAAUGAAAGGUGGUGCGAUUAAAGUGACCUCAAAAGCAAAGAUAUCCCUUAUCAACAACAUAUUUGAAAACAACAUUGCUGUUCAUGAAGGUGGAGCUGUGCAUUUAAAUGCUUACCAUGCACAUAUGGAAAGCAACAUAUUUAGAAAUAAUUUUGUAAAUCCAUCAAUUUAUCGAACCAUCAUACCAGCUGCCAAAUCAAAAUUUUAUGCAUCUUCAAAGGAUGGUGGGGCUGUGUGGAAUAGUGGUAACUUAACUAUUAUAAAAUGUUCUUUUUUUGAUAACACAGCACCAGCUUUUGGAGGAUCUGUGUACCAUACAUCUUCCAGAAGAGGGAACUAUGCUUUAUCUGUAAAAGACUCUGUGAUAAAUGGCUCCAAGACAAACUUGUCAUAUGUAGGUAGUCUUGUUUAUUCCAAUGCUUUACUUAGUUUACAAAAUACAACACUUAAUGUUUUAGCAGCAAAAAAUUAUGGCUCUGUUUUAUAUUAUUAUGAUGUUGUAAACACAGAAGCCCAGCAAGGAAGCCACCUCCUUAAUUUUACACUAGUGUGUCCACCAAAUUAUAAACUUAGCACUGAAAAGAUUGAUGAUCGAUUUGGUAACUUCUUUUCAUUAAUCUACUUUUGCUCUGUUUGUGAUAAAGGCACAUACAGCUUGGAAUAUGAGUAUGAAAUUUUUAAUUCAAAGGACAAAAAUGUGUCUACGAGAAACACAAUAACAUGCCACCCUUGUCCAACAGGGGCUAUUUGCAAUUAUGGAAUAAUUUGUAAUGAUAAUUUUUAUGGCUAUGUUGAUAAAAAGAACCAAACUCAAUUUAUUCAGUGCCCGCCUUCAUAUUGCUGCUCAAAAUACGGAAAUAAUUGUACAUCAUAUGAUACCUGUGCUUAUAACAGGCAGGGCAUGUUGUGUGGAAGGUGUAUUAAUGGAUACUCUGAAAAUUUACUUUCACCAGGAUGUGUUGAGAAUCAAAAAUGUGGCCAGAUUUGGUUUUGGAUUUUAUUUUUGUUCUUUGCUGCCUGUUACCUGAUUGCUAUAGUUUACUUGAAGGAUAUUACAAAAUUUUUUAAAAAGAUUUUAAAAAGUGAAAAAGAAACAGUAAGAUCAAAUAGGGAGUUGUUAAUUCCCAGGAGAGUAAGUAUGAGUAGUGAAUCACUGCUAGAGGAUGAAUUGGGUACUGAAUUAGACGUACCUCAACAAAUCAGCUAUAGCAAAGAAAAAAAUACAUUCACAUUCUCCGGUAUUUUAAAAAUUGUAUUGUUUUUUUAUCAAGUUGAGUUAUUGCUUCAUGUAAAUGCUGCAUCAAAACAACAUUUUAAAAUGUUUACUUUUUGGAAGGAUUUAGCUAUUUCUAUUUUUAACGUCAAGCCCUCAUUUCGAAACAACAUGUUGGUUUUGUGUCCUUUACCGAACUUAGAUGCUGUAACGAAAGAACUGAUCAAAUUACUAUUUAUUGGAUGUAUAUUUGGAAUCCUUCUCAUUGUGUUCAUUGUAUGUCAUGUUACUUUAAUAAAUUGGAAGAAGCACGAUCCACCCCAAGAACAGAAUGAGAAAAAGGUUGAAGUAAUUGAUAUUUUUGUAUCUCUGUAUGAGCAAAUUCCUUUUAAGUUGCGAUUAAAAUGUGGUUUUCUACAGUUAUUACUGUUCUGUUAUACUCCAAUAACAACGUCAAUGUUUGGAUUUAUGAAUUGUGUACACAUAAAUGAUUCUAAACAUUUGUACAUGAAUGCUGAAGUAAAAUGUUUUACAUGGUGGCAAUACUUAAAUGGCUUUAUAUUAUGCAUGUGGAUCUUACCAUUUUGUCUUGUACUGUACUGGAACAUAACACUUUUAAAGGAAUGCAAAAUCAGACCAAAUGAAUUUUUAAAAGCUCUCAUGUUUCCACCACUGGUUUUCAUUUACUUUAUCAAAUCAAGGAUGUACAGAGAUCAUGGUUUUCUUUCUAUGAAGGAAGCACGUGAUAGCAGACACUUGCUACAAGUAUUUAGUGAACCUUUCAGACAUAAAUAUGCAAAAUGGGAAGGAAUGAUUUUGUUGCGACGAGUUAUUUUGACUAUAUUGUAUGUAUUUAUCAUUAACCCAGUUGUACGGUUGUAUAUGAUGCUUUUCUUUCUGACAGUAUUUUUACUUGACCAUCUAAGAAUUCAACCAUACAAAGGAAAAUUCUUAAACUGGUUAGAAACCAUAUCAUUAAUAUUGCUUAACUGCUUUGCUGCUGUCAACUUAUUUUGGGCUGAAAGUUACAUGUAUGAUGUUGUUCCGCAGUCGUUUAUGUUGGGCGAGGUAUUUUUGAUGGUAGAAGUGACUGUACUUGUUUUACCGGGAAUUUUGCUAACAAUAGCAAUUCUUUUUAAAUGCAUAAAAAAAGUUUUAUUGCAUUGUGAAAAGUGUUGUUAAAAAUGUUAUGUUGUUUGUAAGGUGUAAAAAAAUUUUGUAUUCUGUAUCUUGGAUGUUAAUUCAGAAUUUGUACAGAUAUGAGAAUUAUUUUUUAAAAAUACUUUUUUAAAAAUUUUGUUUUUGUUAUAACAAAAAAAAUAUUUUGUAAUAAUAUUAAUUAUCUCCUUUAGUUACGUUUAUAAAUUGAAUUUUUUUUAGAUAUUUUGGUUUGUACACAUUAUGUAGUAGUCUUGAAACUGUGUGACGUGGUGUAAUACAAAAAGUAUUAUUUCAGUUGGUUGUUUAUGGUUCAUUUAAUUGGUUUGUCUUUUUGUAUUUUAACUCCUCUAUGCAGAAGCAGACUGUUUAUUUUUUUGUCACAUAACGUAUUAUUUGAAGACCAAGUUCUCAACGAUAGUUUUGCCAACAUCCCUAAAUAGUGUUUUUGUAAUCAGCUUUCCAGUUAUCAAAUCAUCAUACUGAUUUGUUUGAACACAGAAAGCUUUGCCGUUUUAAUUUAUAAUUUAUUAGCAUUAAUAUGUUAUAUACUGUUAUUAUUUACCAAAGAGGGUAUGUAUAUAUGCCAAAAUUUGAUGCAUUAAUAAUACCUGGCUUAGCAUAAACUUCACUAAACACAAAUCUACUUUAGAAAUGGUAGUAGCAUAUAUUGUUUAUCUGUCUUAAAAGUUUCUUAUUCAUCAGUUACAUGUAUCAAGGGCUCCAUAAGUGUUUAGUGAAUGAAGAAGUAAUAUAUAGAAUAACUCAUUUCUUAUAUGUAUUGUAUAUUUUGAUAUAUAUUUUUACUUAUUUUUCAAUAUCCUAUUAUUUUAUAAAUUUACUUUAAUGCAUUUGUUAUAUAUACUUUUUUUUCAAUAUCCUAUUAUUUUAUAAAUUUACUUUGAAGUGUUUCUCAGUGUGGUUGCUAGACAUGGACAACCCGAAAAUACGUUUUAUUGAAACAAGGUUUUUGAUAAACCCUCCUCAAUUCUCCUCACAAAUAUUUUUGAUACACAAUUAUGAUACAUAAUUUAUGUAAUUUUAACAUUUAUGUUUGUAUAAUAUUUUUCAUUUGAUUUAAAAUAUAUCAGAUUAAUAAUUAAUAUGCAUCUUCAUGGAAGUGUAUGGAAAGUGUUUGCUUCACAUGUAUGUCAAUAAUCUGGUUGAGCAUUUGUUUUUUUGUGUCUAUCUUUUAUCAUAAGUAAAAAUAUCUAAUCUCUUCUUAAGAUUUGCUUUUUCCAAUACUUUUUUUCACUCCUUUACAAUAAUGUUUUCGUUUCAAUAUAUUUAUAAGAGGAAUCCUUACUGCUUCUGCCCUAAAUUAUUAAAGAAGUUCUAAAAAACUUAAGGAAUGCACUAGUAUAGUUUUGUACAAUGUAUAUUAAAUUGUUUAAAGAACACUAUAAACACUAUAAAUUAUAAUUUUAAGGUAAUAUUUUAUGAUUGUAUUUUUUAAAAAGGUUUGAAUUUACAUUUUGUUAUUUUAAAACUUUUCAUACCACUAAUAUAAGUUGUCCAUUCUAUAUUGUGUUUUAUUUGUGUCACCUGAUAGUACUAAUUAUCUUCUUGUUUUUUAAUUCUUUUUUACUCAAACAUCCAGCAUGAAAACCUGCAACAAACUAACAUCAAAACUGCUCUUCAAAAAACUAAACAUACCAGAAUUAUUAAGUAAAUUUUAGUAAAGGUUGCAAAAUAUUAAGUUGUUGAUCAUAAACUUCAUCAUAAAGAAGUCGUGAGAAAGGUAUGUUGUUUUUAUUGUCUUUCUGUUUAAUCACUUUAUUUAUCCAUUGACUGCCAAAAGCAGGUGAUGCUAAUUUAUGCAUAAAAUAUUUAAACUAUAUAAAAAAUAUGAUAUAAUUUUACAAACUAUCUUUUGACUGCUUGCUCAUAGUAAAACAAUCACAAAGCCUAUCAAAGGUUGACCUGUCUUCUAUAUAUCGCAUUUCGUGUGUCUGUAGCACAGCUUUAAAUCGGUCCAGACAGAGCUAUCACUACUGUGAUACAAUUUUGUGCAACAGAAUAGAUAGUAUAAAAGUAUCCAACAGAAAAACACAUAUACACACAAGAUGAACACACAAAAUUGAAAAUUAUCGCAGAAGGUAUAAAUACUCAAAACCACGACCUCCAAUUUUCUACACAAAUACUAGAGUACAAAAACGUAUCCUUUUUUAACAUUCCUAUAGAAGUGAAGAUGAAAGACCCGCAGUUAAACACCUAAUAGACUGCUUAAUAAGAGCCUUAAACUGUACCACACACUGGGGUGGAACGCUUUAAAACAGGUAUACAGUGUAACAUUUUUUCAAAAUGAAACUUGACAAUAUAAUUUCCUUUUGCGGAAUAAGUUUCUGCAAAAGUUCAAAAAUUAAUUGCGCUUACAGCUAAACCGCGUUGCACAUCUGUAUGGGCAUUAUACCUUUCACAAAAAUAAAAUUUAUUGCAGCUUUGGUUUAAAUAAAAACACAGGAAACAGUCUGUUGUUAACACAAAGCUGAGUGCUUAGCACAGGUAGACCAUGCUGCAAAUCUGUAUAGGCAUAAUACUCUUUUCAAAAAGUAUCAAUUGUUAAAAAAAUUACUUAGCAGUUUUAUUUAGCAACUUAAGCUUUCAUAACAGUAGUAAAAGUUGUAGCUAUUUAACUGCAUUCAGCAUAAGAAUUAUUAAGAAUUAUUUAGAAUGUAUUUAGCUACUUUCAUUUUCUAGUCAGAGGUAGCUAAAGAGUUAGCUAAAGAGCUAGCUAGAUAAUCACAACCCCAAAUACAAGUAAAUAAUAAUAUGCCAAACGGAGUAAUAACUUUAAAAGAAUAGAAAUAAAUAAGGCUAGCUAGUAGCUGGCUGGCUUUGAUGCUCCCUAAUAAUCUACGUUUGCAGCCAAAAUCUUAGAACUGGUUUGUUUGAGAUUUAUAUAAGGAUAGAGUGUUAAUAUAUUCAUAUUAACAUUUGAAAACAUGCAGAAAAUAAACAUCUCUAUAGAUACAAAGUAUCUAAAAGAGACAAAGGUCAAAAGAAGACCUACAAACCUGACACCAUCACUUUCAAACUAACAUGGCCUUCGCAGCAUGUUUCCGUUUUAUUCGGGUUCUGCUGUGAUUCAGAUAUUAAGCUGCGUCUAAUCGAAAAACAGAGGUCCGUAAAAAUCAGGUUCUGCGCUAUUUUUCCGGAAAAAAAUGUGUGCACCCAUUUUAAACACACAGAGUAUGGCUAUUAUUAAAGAGACUAUAUAGUUGUAUUCCUGUGGAAGGAUCCAUUGUAUAUCCCUUUUAAUCAACGCAACAGACAUACAUUUACAAAAUUGUAAAAUUCACACAGCAGUGUGAGUUUUACAAUCUGCAUUAUUCAAUAAUUAUGGCCUAAGCAUGCGCAUCAAAAAAAUAACAACUCAAAACUGUUCAACUAGUGAAAGUGCUCUGCGUUUAUGUGUGACAUUUAAAAGCUAAAAUUACUUGUCCAGACAACGUCAAAAAUAAAUAAGAAAGUUAAGUUCACCAAAACAUUUCAAAAUACAUCCAACCCGUAAAAUAUAAAUCACUAAGAAUGUUAUUUUUACAUAUUUUAAUAGGCCAUGCACAAAACAGGUUGAUCACUAAAUUCCCCAAAAAUUACUCUUUGCAACAUCUCUAUAGGUCAAUGGUUGAGACAAAAUUUUAAAAAAUAACAACUUAAAAGAUGUAAAAUCUUCUGGGAAAAGUACAUUUUUUUUCAGGACGGUAAUGAUCAUCCUCAUAAAGGUAAUUUGAAAAUACCCUGUUCUGAUUCGAAAUGUAGACAAAUUUAAAAUCUUAAAAAUUCAAUUAUUUCGGUAAAUUGCAUAUAUAUGCUCUCUGAAACAAUAUGUUAUCCCAAAUAUCAAAGAAAUAUGUUUGCAUGAAAUAAUUCUAAAACAACCCAAAUCAGCAUUUUGGCAAUGUUGCAUACAGUUCCUUCCCACAAAAGCUUAAACAAGAUGUAAAAAAAAAAACAGUUUGAAAAUAAGCAGAUAAAAAAUAUUUGCAAAAUUCAAUCAUUUCGUUAUUAUAUUUAUUGGAUGGAUGUCAAAAAAAGGCUUGUAAAGAGUAAAUUCAGACAACAAAAAUAGGUUUUUUAGAAGUGUAUUGAACAUUGUAAUAAAAUGAAGAUCUACACGAAAUGUCAAAAGGUAUGGUUGUGUAGAGUAAUUCUAAAUAAAUAAAAAUCAGUCCUUUUGUUUUCACCUGAAAUUUCAAAAACACAGUAUGGAACACAUCAAAUUUUUUUGGAAAAAAUAUGACAUUAUUACUUUAUUGUCUGUCUGUAAAAGAAUUCGACACGUUCGAAAAACGUCACAUGAUAAGGAUUGAGUUCCUUAACAAAAUUCCAAACGAAACUGAAUUAUGAUAUACCAAUACAGGGGCGGAUCCAGGAUUUUUAACAUAUCAGUCAUAUUCUUUGCAAAGAAAAAAUAAACCGCAGCAAUUUGCUGUGCCCAAAACAGCGGGGGUCAUUGCCGGUCCGGGCUGUUCACUUAAUAAUAAGGUCCAAAUUGUUAGCUCAGUUAUGCACGUUUUUUCUACUACAAUUUUAAAUCGAUAUAUAAGAAACAAACCAUGUGUAAGGUUGCAGAAAUAUUUAGGGAUAAUAAAAACAACUAUUUAAUUCGGGUAUUUUAAGACUGUUUCGCCCAAUAUCAGGGCCUAACAGCAUGUCUAGGAAAUGGCUAAUAACGUAAUGUUAGCUAUUCCAUACAUGGACAGUCUGCUAUAUGCUAAAGUAGGCUGAACUAAGGGAAGCUGAAUUGUUUUAACCAGAAUUACAAAAAUGGUUGGCUUUAAAAUUAUCAUCACAUCCUUCAUCAACACCUUGUAGACAAAACAGAAUAUGAGCCUGAGCAUAAGUAUUUUUAGCAUCUAAUGAUGUAAAUACAGGUUCAACUUUGUACUUUGCAUCACAGUCAGGAAAAUAGGAAAUUUGGUUUUUGAUGUAACAGUACAGACCAGACCCAGCAUAAAUUUUUUAUCACUGGGAAAUCAAAAUAGUUGGUGAAAGGUGGCAAAAAUUUUCUGUCUUCAGAAUACUAACUAUGCUACCACGACUAGUCUACCAAAACAAACUAAACUAAGUCUGGUGGUACAAGUAAAAGGCGUUCUCAUAUGUAAGAUGAAAUAAUAAAAAAAAAUUAAAUAACUUACCUUGACAGAAUUUUUCAUAGCAAGAAACUAAAACAGAAUUUUUACUAUAUAUAUACCUCAGUGUAAAGGAAAAACCCUAAUAAUGGAAUGUUGCAGCAUGUCAACCAGUGUAUUGUCAUGAACAUGUAGCCGGGACAUGUAGCUGUACAAACAAAUUUCCAGUGAUUUUAAGAGUAUUAUACAAGAUGUAGGAUGUAGCCCACCGAAAGAAAAACAUAUAUGCACUCUUUUGGUUGGUCACUGCCUAUUCUGCAGAAUUGUUUGCUCAAAUAUUAGUCAAUUGAUAAUAUAAUAAAUAAAAAAAAACUGUAGUCGAAAUAAUGAUUACGCCUUUGUACAAAUAUAAUUUAAGUUAAACAUUCCGGUGCUGUGCAAAUAUUCUUUGGACUGGAUAAAAAAAUUUGGGCUGAUACCAAUUUUAUUAAUUCCCUAUCUGACUUAUUUCAACCAUGAAAUUUGCUUUUAAUGGUUUUUGCACUUGUAUCUUCGUUAAAACAGAUACCUUAUUCCAUGAAAUUAACGAGUCAAGAAAUUAAUGCGAAUUAAAGGGGAAUUAAGCCCAAUUUUUUUUUCUUCGGAAAUAUCUUUUACAAACCCUACAUAUUUUGAUGGUAUAUAAAAAAAAUUGAAAUUCUUUGAAUUUACAUCCCUUUUCUACCAUAAAAGUUGACAACAGUAAUCGCCAUUUUAAAUCAAAACAAUAUCUGCGAUGGAGAUCUAUGACGUAUUUUACGCUCAUUUCAAUUUUUUUAUCUCUUCGUCUAUUUUAAAGUUGUUUACACAAUGUGAACUAACGUAACGAUUCAAAAAAAAUAACUCUGGUCCGUUGUACUUUAUUUCGCUUUUUCAUUGUUGUUAUUGUUUGUUUGAAAAUGCUAGUCCCGUUAUAUUUCAACAAAUUCUUUGAAACCAGUAUACUUUCCAUUUGGAUCAGGAGAUUCUUCCCUUAUUUUUCGCACAAUGCAAGCUGGAAUCACCACGCGACAUCCUUUUCCAAGCCUUUCAUAAUCAUGUACCCAGGCCAUGUACUGUCAGUAACUGGUGUACCUCAUUUCCGUACAAUGAAUCAAAGGUAUUGAAAUUAUUCAUUCAUCAAAACUUCUUUGAAACAAAUUGUUAUUUGAGGCACAUGGCUCCUCUCCUUUUUUAUUUGAUAUUCAAGGAUUGGCAUUGCUAUUAAUUUAAUUAAAUAAUCUGCGAUGGUGUGUAUUUUCAUAGCGCGUGGACUUGUAAGAUUAUAAAGCAAUAAGUGAGAUGAUAAGAAGAUACGAAGAAUGUUUUAUUUUGGUGUGACUAUAAAAAAUAUGGUCUUUGAAAAUAUUUACGAGAAACAUAUAUUUUAAAGAAAAACUUACUUAUUAGUAUAUGUGGAGAGUUUGUUACAUUUUUCUGGUAUCGUCGAUGUCGUAUGCUGGCUGUCUCUAAAGGUGGAUUUUCAUGAAGCGAAUUGAGCGGCGAAUUCGACGGCGAAUUGUAUCUGAGCAUGUGCAGUUAGAUGCAAAAUCAAAACAAACAAAACUGCGCAUGCUCAGAUACAAUUCUUAACACUGUGCGGUUCAAACAUAAAAUUUCAAAAUCCUUUUGCAUCGUGAUGCACUUGUUAUUAUUCAACUUGUCAUUCAAUAAAUUAGAAAAUUCUUAACAACACUUGCAUUACACAAGAGUGAAGGAAUUGAAAAUAACGCAAUAAAAUCAAUCCAAAUAAAAUUUAUUUUUCAAAAUUUUAAACAGAAUUUGAGAAAUGAGCAUAAUGUUAACCGAAAUAAUGCUAUUUAAGUUUGAGGCAUAAUUCCUCUUUAAAUUAACGGUCACGAAAUUAACGCAGUUCAAUAAAAUUAAUUUGAAAAAGGCAUUUAGUUAACACGGUUGAGCAAGGUUGUUUUAAAAAAUGCAUUUAAUUAACGCGAAUUUGAGAAUAUGCGAUAUCACACGAAGCAAAGAUUACGGCAAUAGUCGAAUCCACGGUAGUGAAGCGGUCUUCUCUAUUACAAGGCGGUUUGAAAAUCGAAAUAAAAGUUUUCGUUGUUUGGAAAGUCAAUGUUAAAAAUUGAAAAAUUGAAAGACAAAGUGCUUUCUGUUAAUUUUCCACUUGGAUUAGAGUAUGAUGAUUAUACAAAAGCUAUUUUAAAAAAGAUUGCUGAAAAAACAGAACACCGUUGAGCUAUCGUCUGAUGAGGAGGAAAAGUAGAAAAUUUGUGAAAAAAAUAUAUUUUAUGUUUUUUAGGCUUUUAUAUAUUAUAAAAAAGUUACCAAAUUACCAGUAUUUUAAUUAACGAGUCAUGAAAUUACCAGUCUUUAAAUUAACACUGCAUUUAAUUAACAGUCAUUAAAUUAACGCGAAUUUCGAAAAACCGCGUUAAUUUUAUGACUUGUUAAUUUCAUGGAA